UGAGCUCAGUCAUCAAUCCAGUCCAAACUGUAGGCAUUUUGUUAGACACAGGGUGUGUAAAAUGUGCUGACAGAAGCUGUAAAAAAUCGACAAAAAGUUCAAUGGUUGUCGACAUGGUUUCACUGGUUGUGGUGGCUGUCCUUUGGGGGACGCUCUUUCAGCUUCCCCAUGCUGCAGCCUUCAAACCCCUCACUUCUGAAGGCUCCCUCACCCACCGAGAAAUCACCGAGACGGCAAUUCUCCGCAAAACUGCAGAAGUGUGCCAGGAUAUAGCCAAUGCCAAGGGGCGAGACUUCACACUACCUAUCAGCAACAAACUGACUGUAGCUUCUGUCCAAGUAGCCUGCACAAAAUCGUUUGCUGCCUUAUCCUCACUCAGUUUUAAAUUGUCUAUUGCCAAGAUUUAUCUCAGUAAUGCAGCUGUGGAUUUAGUGUUCUUACUGAGUGAUGCACCACAUGUAGAUAAUGAGGCUUUCAGUGAAGCACGAGAUCUCAUAAUUCAAGGUGUGGCUGCAGUGAAGGCCAGCAUGAAACAGGAGAACUACAAUUCUGCCCGUGUCAGACUGGGGGCUCUUUUCCAUACUUUACAGGAUUUCUAUAGCCACAGUAACUGGGUGGAAUUAGGAUUCACCACUCCUCUCCGUAACAUGACAAGAUCUGACCUUCCUCUCAACAACAUAGCAGGCCCCAAAACCCCGACAUGUAGAAGCUGCUAUGGAGAAAACUGCAGUGGCAACAUUCUCCCAGAGAUCCUGCAGCAGAAGAUAUUAACCUCAGGAUAUUUCAACCUGUUCUCAUCUUCCAAAACUGCAGCUCAGUGUUCUACGAGUCACACUUCUAGACAGCCCGCAGCCUCAGUGCCCCCAUCACCUCCAUCUCACACUCAUCCUCUACGUGAGGCUCAUGUCCCGGAUUCUGAACCAUACCCUGGGGAUUUAGAAAAAUGUAAGUGCAGCCAUGGGACCUCUGCUGACAGAACUAGUAGACAUGAACCCACUGGAGGAAUCAAUAAGGAUACCAUCAGCUCAGAGCAUGGCUUUCUUCACCACAGCGCUGCUAACCUGGCCAUCAGCGCGACCAUGGAAGUGCUGGAAGAAAUUCGACUGGCUGCAGGCAACACAGCCUUUCUUCGACUGAUGGGGCUCAAUCAGACCUCAGUGCUGGCUUUUGUGAUCGACACAACAGAGAGUAUGUCUGAUGACAUUGAAGAGGCCAAGAGAGUGUCUUUCAGUAUCAUAGACAGCAGGAAAGGAACAUCAGAAGAACCUUCAGAAUAUAUUCUAGUCCCAUUUAAUGACCCAGAUUUUGGACCUCUCAUAAGGACCGGGAAUGCAGAUAUUUUCAAAGAGAGAAUCAGUUCUCUUUUAGCAUCUGGUGGAGGAGACACCCCAGAGAUGUGCUUAUCAGGACUGCUGUUGGCAUUGGCAGGAGCUCCUCCAUCUUCAGACAUCUUUGUUUUCACUGAUGCUGCAGCAAAGGACUCAGCAUUGAAAAGCAUAAUUGAGGCGAUGAUAGAAAGCACCAGGUCAACAGUCACUUUCAUGUUGACAAACUCCAUCUCAUUCCGUAGAAGAAGAGGCAUCUCAGAACGACAGAAUACUUCAUCAAGAGCAAUGUCUCAGCCAAAGAUACAGUUGUACAGAGACCUGGCCCACGUUUCUGGUGGACAAGCUAUAGAGGUCACAAAGGCCACACUGCCUCAGGCCACAAAAGUCAUUACAGAUACAUCUACCUCUGCACUGGUGACCAUUCUUCAGGUGGUGAGAAAUCCAGCAAAGGCUGAAAACUUCUCUUUUGUGUUGGAUGAGACUCUGUCGAAUGUGACUGUGUAUGUCACUGGGGAUUCUCCAGUCUUUACACUCAACAGUCCUACAGGUAUGUCUCAGUCAGGAUCAGAGGGAAAUGGCCCUCUGGGUAGCAUCCAGACUGUGGGGAAUUUGUGGCGAUUACAACUCAUUUCUGGCAACCAGACAGGGAAAUGGAGAAUCAGCAUAAAUUCUACAAACUCCUACACCCUGAAAGUCUUUGGUCAGAGUUCGGUGGACUUCCUUUUUACCUUUGUGGAAUAUGAUGGAAGUCGUGGAGACUUUAUUCCAAAAGACAGUCGCCCUUUCACCGGUGGGAAUGCCACUUUGUUUCUCUCUCUAAUGGGAGGAGAUUCAGCCACAGUGACAGACGUACUUCUAGUUAAUGCUUCAGGAUCUGGUGCUGUUAAUGGAACUAUCACAGCAGUAGCAGGGACAGAAUAUCUGGUUACCUUUAACAGAAUCCCAGAGGGGGCAUUUCUGGUCCAGCUGAAAGGGCUGUUGAAUGACUUGUCAUCAUCUACCCGAUUCCAGAGGCAGUCACCCACCCAGCAGAGAGGCUCCAGAAUAACCAUCGUGGCUCAGUCACAGAGUGUUUUAGAGCAUGGAGUCCCUUUCCGUUUCAACUUUACAGUGGCUACUAAUAUUACAGCAGGCAGCUACACUAUUCGAGCCAGAACUGACCGCGGCUUCAGUGUGUCUGUUCCAAACUCCCUGAAUCUGGAGACAGGGGUCAGUGCUCAAGGAACUGUAACAAUCACCGCACCCUCCAACACAGAGUCAGGGACGGAUGUCACACUCACCAUUGAGGCUGAAGCUCCUGGGUCCACUGACCUGAAUUAUGUCACGCAGCGUUUCAUUGUCUCAGCUGCAAGCACUGAAUGGUACUCUUUGUCCUUCUGCAUGUGUCUUUCUCUCAUCAGGUGUUUUUUUCCACUUUUUAUAGAUUAAUAGUUACUGAAGACCCAUCCAGAGGAAACUGCUCAGAUAUUAAUAUAACAUUAACACAGCAAGUAAAAAUUGUACAUUUACAUUCUUGUUCUCUUAAAUUAUCCUGUAUAAUAGAGCCUGCGUGAAUAUUAAAGAAUUAAAAGGAUUAAGAUCAAUGUUCAUUAUGGAAUAGCCCUGACACUUGUCAAAGGACUAAAUAUUAACAACGUGUUGAUGUGUGCACAUACAUUAUUCCAGAUAUUGUUAAUGGGGAUUAAUAAAUACAUAU